AUGGCAUCCAGCGAAGAGGAGCCCGAACAGCCAAAGCUGUGUAUUCCUACCCUUGUCCUCCACCGUAUUUGCGAGUUUCUUUGCAAACAUUGCGAGCCGCAGCAGGUACAAGAUGGCACACACCCCGCCGCUGCUUGUCGUCAAAGCAAAAUGACCCUGAAAAAUCUCUGCGAGGUCUCUAAAACACUACGAUUCAUUGCCGAACCCAUACUCUAUCAUUACUGGAAAGGUACCUUUGAACCCCAGACGCCAAGUGCCAGAACGUUCGCCUUGUCCGCGAUACGCUUUCUAUCCAGACUCCAUACCCGCCCCCAGCUCCGGACAUACGUCAGAGCCUUGGAUAUCAGGGACUGUACACGAGACCAAUAUUCCCGCGAUCCUUGCAUAAUUUCAUUUGAGGAGGAUUUUAGGGUUUCCAAACUCAAACUUGACCUUGCGCCCCGUCGAUGCUUAUGCAUGGAUUGCAGCCAUCGUUAUAUGGAAAUCGAUGACGCCAAGUUCGAGCGCCGUGCUGAGAGGCUCCUUAUCGGAGCCACUGCACCUCAUCUGAAGAGCCUGAUCUGCACCUCUGGAUCGCUGAAAGAGGAUCUUGACAUGCCUCAACUGGACUCAUUGAGAGUUGAUAUUCGUCACUCUUGGCCCAACGAGCAAGCCUUCUUGGGCAAUUUGAAAUGCCUACGCCGACUUUCCUUCCAGUCCUCCUGUCCCAUAAGCUCUAGGUUUACACUCGAGUCGAGCACAACAAUCGAAGAAUUGAGUAUUGGAUUCGGCAGAGACGCUUGGCGACCGAAUGCACUUGAUCGCGUUCAGUUUGAUGAGCCAAUUGAAUUUGCUAUAUCUGAAUUAAACCACUUUACUAACCUCAAGUGGCUGUCUAUUUAUGUUGAAGCGAUUUGCUCAACCAAAAACCUCGAAGACGAGAUCGGGGCUGAGAUCGACAUUGAAACUUUUAUUUUCUCACUCCCUGAUAGUCUGGAAAUACUUCAUAUCGAUAUGACCGGCGAGAGAGGAGAUCCCGAAGACAUUUUCCGAUCGAUACUGGCGGCCUCAAGCGCUAGAAGUUUCAAGAAUUUGAAGGCAAUCCUGUGGUCUCCUGACGAGAUGACUUGGGACACGAAUUUCCGUAUUGUUAGGCCCGAGACCAAUCCCGAAGGUCGACCCCAAUGGUCGAUAGUCAUAAAAGAGAACAAAAAGAAAUUGGGUCAACCAGAAAACGAGUUCUUUCCCAGCUUGGAACGUCUCUUGGCCAAAUGA